AUGGAGGAGCACCUGCCCGGGGACACCGACGGCCUGCUUCCUCUGGAGAGGCAGCUCCACGAGGCUGCCCGCAGGAACAACGUGGGGAGGAUGAAGGAGCUGAUCAGGAGCAGAGUCAACGUCAGGGCCAGAAACCACGUGGACAGGGUGGCCCUGCACUGGGCCGCAGGCGCGGGGCACGAGCAGGCGGUGCGGCUGCUCCUGGAGCACGAGGCUGCCGUGGACGAUGAGGACGCGUUUGGGAUGAAUGCACUUCUCCUGUCUGCCUGGUUUGGCCACUUACAGAUUCUUCAGAUCCUGGUUAACUCGGGGGCCAAAAUCCACUGUGAGAACAAGGACGGCCUGACCUUGCUGCACUGCGCAGCCCAGAAGGGCCACGUGCCGGUGCUGGCGUUCAUAAUGGAAGACCUGGAGGACGUGGCCCUGGACCGUGCUGACAAGCUGGGAAGGACAGCAUUUCACCUGGCUGCUGCACACGGGCAGCUGGAGGCUCUGGACUUCCUGGUGGGCUCUGGCUGUGACCACAGUGUCAAAGACAAGGACGGGAACACGGCUCUCCACCUGGCCGCGGCUCGGGGCCGCCUGGCAGUGCUGCAGCAGCUCGUGGACAUCGGGCUGGACCUGGAGGAGAGGAACGUGGAGGGUCUGACCGCCCUGCACGCCGCUGCUGAAGGGACCCACCCCGACUGUGUGCGGCUCCUCCUGGCGGCUGGGAGCAGCCGGAACGCCCUCACUCAGAAAGGGCAGAGCUGCCUCCAUUACGCAGCUCUCAGUGGCUCCGAGGACGUGGCCCGGGCCCUCAUCCACUCAGGGGGCUGCACCAACGUGGCUGAUCAUCAGGGAGCCUCUCCAAUGCAUCUCGCUGUGAAGCACGACUUCCCCACCCUGGUUCAGCUCCUCAUUGAUGCUGGCAGUGACCUGGACGCCACCGACAAUAGGCAGCAGACGCCCCUCCACCUCGCCGCAGAGCAUGCCAGGCAGGACAUAGCGGAGAUGCUCCUGGCUGCGGGCGUUAACUUACACCUGAGAGAUAAGCAAGGGAAAACCGCCCUGGCCGUGGCCGCCCGCAGCAACCACAUCAGCCUGGUGGACAUGAUCAUCAAAGCUGACCGCUUCUACCAACGGGAGAAGGACCACCUGCCCCUCAGGGACCCCGGUGACCUCGCGGGGAAGAGCGUGACCUUCAAGCAGGACCACCGGCAGGAGACGCAGCCGCUCCGCGUCGCGCUGUGGCGCCUGGCCUCCCGGUACCUGCGGCCCCUCGAGUGGAGGAAGCUGGCGUAUGGCUGGGGGUUCACCGAGGCCCACGUCCACGCCAUCGAGCAGCAGUGGACAGGCACCAAGAGCUACCGGGAGCACGGCCACCGGAUGCUGCUCAUCUGGCUGCACGGCGUGGCCGCAGCGGGGGAGAGCCCCGGCAAAGUGCUCUUCGAGGGCCUCGUGGCCAUCGGCCGGAGGGACCUGGCUGAAAGCAUCCGGAGGGAGAUCAACGCCGGCCCGCGCGCCCCCCGGAGGUGCACAGCCAUGUGA